AUGUCACUCAAUUUAGCUCUUCCUGGUAUCCCCAAGCCAGCUGAAUUCAUUCCAGUUUUCACUUUCAACUUAAAACUUGCCAGUGACCCAACCUCAAUUUUCUCAGACCCUGCUUCUGACAAAGCUUUAAGCUUGGCUACUGUUUCCCUGGGUGAAGUUAAAACCGUUGCCAAUUCAUUGGGUUUGGAAUUUGAAGUUGUUGAUAUUUCCGGUUGGGAUGAUUUAAGUCUUAAAAUUUCAGCCCUGACCAACUCCUUAGACUGUAAAUUAUAUGGUAAGACUCCUAGCGGUGCUGGUGUCUUCAUUCAUUAUGGAGGUAAGGUGCAAUUGACUGAAUCUACAAUCAACGUUGUUACUAAAAAAACUCAAGUUGCUUCGAUUGAAGAAAGCUAUGUUACUUGUAACCCAACUUUCCAAUUAGACGAAGCCGUUGAGGACAAAUACAAAUGGGUUUUGAAGGAAAACUUCUUUGGAAGAGGUAGAUUUGGUAGAGAUGAUGAUGGUACUCUUUAUGUUCAAUACUAUGUCUAUGUCAUUCGUUAA